CGAGUGAAGAUUCGGGACUCCUGCGGACCCGGAUUCCAACAAUCAACAGCCAAGAAGCCCAAACCCAAGCAGGCCUGUCUCACUGAAAUGACAGAAUAUUCCCACUGAGGAGCCAAUAAAACCCCACGCGACACUAUCGGCGCAACCGGGACGGAGAUUUUUUCUUUCGGCCGCCGUAGUUUCGGCGCGGCUGAUGACGUCACAGCCAGUGGCCAGUGGAGAAUGGCGCCGGCUGGCGAGUCGCAGCGAAGCUCCAGUCGAGUGGACAGGGAAAUGGUUGCAAAGGCGAAUGGGAAGAGGAAUUCUCGGUAUUUUAAGAAGGGCUGGGGCAGCAUUAAGGAAGGGAAAGGAUUUGCUUUCCAGCAGAAGGCGAAGAUUAAGCACCAGUACAAGAAAUUAUUGAGAAAAGAAAAACGAGUGCAGCUUCCUCAAGAUGUAGAAUAUGCAGAGAAUUACCCAGAUCAUUUGCGCCAUCUCUAUCUGGCUGAAGAAGAGCUACUUAAGAAACAAUCAAAGAAAGUCAAACAUGAGGAAUCUGUAACAGAUCAACCAGAUUCUCAACCGGAGACACCAAAAAAGAAAAAGAAAAAGACAUCUUAUCAAAAAACUAAAGAGGAAUAUGAAAAAAGGCAAGCUGAAUAUAAAAGGAAGAAAGAAGCAGCAGAAAAAAGGCAAAAAGAAAAGGAAGAGGCACAGAUGAAAUACAAAGAACAAAAACUAGAGAGGUAUAGAAUGCUCUGUAAGAAGACAAGAACGGGGCAGCCAAACCUGAACCUGCAGAUGGAAUACUUGCUUAAAAAAAUUCAAGAAAGGACAUGAAAUAAGAUCAUCCAUUUCUGACUUUGAAAGUGGCACCACUUGUUCCCUCAUGGAUCUCAUUACCUAUUUAAAAUUUUCUGAUUCAAUUGCCAUUGGACCAUGAAGAUGAACGUUUUACAAUUUUUCAUUCAGAUCUUUAAUGCUGGCAGCAAAUAGCUCAUUUGUAAGCAUCAAUAGCAAAUCGAGGGAAAGACAAAAACAAAUCUGCUGGAAAACUACAGUACCUUGGUCCUUUAGUGAUCUUAGGAAAAUAUUUCUGCUCUGCUUAUUAGUUGGAUUUAACUUUAAUCAGUUUAACUUUGAAAAAUGCAAAAUGUGAUUUAUUUAUAACUUUUAUAUUUGGAUCAUUUGGGUUAAUUGUUUUAAUAUUUUAUCUAGAUCUAUGAUACCUUGGCCAGUGGCCUUCCAUAUGGAGAUAUUGCUGAUUUUGUUUUUAAAAUGUGACAUUGAUGAAUCUGGUGACAUUCCUCAUUUAACAGAUAUUAAAAUAUUGAAGACAAUAUCAGUAGUGUGCCAACAGCAGUGGUAGUUAUAUCUAAAAUUUGAUACCAAAUAUUGAAUCUGCAGUAUAGGAUUACAUGCAUGCUAAUGGAAGUAGUGAUGAGUUUGACAUUAUCAAGCACAUUAGAUCAAAGCUCUACCAUUCUAAUAUUCCGUGAUGGACAGUGAGGUGGCUAAUAAGAGGGAAAAAAGGUGUUCUUAUUCUCAAUGAUGGUGUAGUCCAGCAUGAGUGCAAAAGGAUUAAACAUUCAUAGUCUAUCUUCAGCCAAUUUGAUUCAUUCCCUCAUCAAGAAACACUGGAGUGACAAGCACCCACUGGUACUUCAGUCCAAUGCAGAUACAAAUCAUUGUGGCUCGAUAUUGUCUCAUUAGCCACCAACAUGUAUGUUGCUUUCUAUCUCAUACAUGCUAAGUAAAAAUAUAUCUCUGGCCCUUCGUUGCCACUGUGAAAAGAUCUAGGAAUGACCUGCCUAACAUUUGUGGACUGUAGUGGUUCAAAAGCUGGCUUACCAUGGUAUUUUCAAGGGUAUUUAGAGAAGUUAAUGAAUGAAUACAAUGUGCAUUGAUUAACCCUCGUCCACUGAAUGGUUCAUUCACAAAAAAGUCUUGUAUUGUGUAAUGAUCUUCAUUGGCUAACAUCACCUUGUAUUUGCACAUAAUAUUAAUGUUGUACGCUUUAAAGUUAACAAACCUGGACGCAGAGUACAAUUCCUCUUUUCGGCACCCAUAAUUGUGAAUUAGAUCCACUGAUGCUAGUGCAUGUGCCUGACUUUUGUUCACCUCUACUGAUUCAGGUCUUAAAUCUGGGAGGCUGUCCUUUUGAAACUCAACUACACUUUUUAGCAUGGAACCUAACAUCAGAAGAAGAGGCCUUUCAAUUAGUACUGCCGACCUUUUAAACUAAUCCCAUUUACUUGCACAUAGUCUGUACCCUUGUUCAUGUAUCUUUCUAAAUACCUCCUAAAUGUUGCUUUUGUGUCUGCUUCUACCAGUGGCGUGUUGCAAGCACCUUACGGUCUUUGUGUAAGAAUAAACUUGUCUUGUAAAUCUCUCAUACUUUACUCUUACUUUAAAUUUAUGUCCUCCAAUAGUUGACAUUUUCACCAUUCAACAAGGUCUGUCUCCCCUAACUACGCCCCUCUCAAUCUUAUUUCCUGCUAUUGGGUCACCCCUCAGUCUCUGUCGCUGCGGCAGAAAAAAUCCAGGUUUUUGGCCAACCUCUCCUUGAUGCCAAUACUCUCUGAUCCAGGCAAUAUUCUCAUGAACCUCUUCUGCAUAUUUCUAAUGCCUCCACAUCCUUUCUGUAAUGUAGCAACCAGGACUGUACAAAUGUAACCAAACCAAGGUUAUAUAUAGCUGCAAUAUCAUUUCUCAGCUUUUAUACUCAAUGCCCAAACUAAAUUUGCUUGGAACUGCUAAAGGAAAAAGAACUCCAUCUGACUGAGUUAGAUUUCAGUUCAGAUGGGCCUUGUGGUAAAACUUAAGGGUAUCGCCAAUGUAAUUUUCCUGGUUAACAAGGGAACUUGCUCUUUGCAUCAGACCCCUUUGGAUACAAGAGCACAAAACAGCAAUAAAAUUAAUAACCUUUG